AUGGAGGGGGGCGGUAGACAGGUGAGGCGCAUCACAGCACUUUUUGCCAUGAACAGCUCAGGUCACCGAACGGGUGUUUGCUGUGUGUGGUCGGGGCGUGGGUGCAGCGCAAGAGGACCCGUCACAGUGAGGACGCGCCGGCUGCGGCUUCGUCUUCGUCUGCUGGUGGUGGUGUUGAGAGUGACGAGGAGCGCCAGCGACGGGAGGAGAGGGAGCGAAACCUUCGGCAACAAAUCACUGACACGGUGAGCCAGCCACCGACGCACUGAGGGCAUACACACUGAUGGAUAUCCUCUGCCGUCCCAUCUGCUGUGUUGCUGUACUUCAGGAGGGCCUUCUCAGCUACAUGAUGGCCUUCCUUCCCGUCAACCUUAUGGUGCAGCUGGCCAAGUCCAUCUGGCAGCACGCCGCGCCCGACCUCUCAGACGUCACCAUCAGCUCGGCAACCAGGGAGGAGCGGUCGUUUUGGCAGCACGUCCAUCUCGCCUUCGUCACCCAGCUGGCCGCCCGACUCACCCGACUCACAACCAUCACCCUCCGGUACCCUGACGGGUUCCGCCUCUGGUGUUUCGACGUCUUUGUGGCCAUCAUCGAGGGCCACACUGCCGGCCGACGGGCAGCCAACCUCACCGGAGGGACACUGCACAUCAUCGCUGUCAAAAGAGGCGUUCGGCUGAUCGGCACGGCGAGGCAGACGGUCGCGAGGACUCACCCAUCCCUCCCAGCCCCUCUCGACCCGCCCCCGACCCUCCACGCACUCACCACCAUUGCCGGCCUGCGAGACGACCAUGAGGAGCUGGCCGAGCGGGGCUGGCUGGUGCCAUCACUCGCCGUCGUGCGGCAGGAGGGGUGGGACGCCGACAGAUUGAGCCAACUCAUCAGCUCGUCCCGCUCCCUGUGGUGUGUGGACGGGACGUUUGUCGGUGAGGAGUGGGCGGAUGUGUUUGAGGACAUCCCUGCGACACCGGCUGGGCAGCAAGGAGGGCCACUCGCACAGCUUGAGGAAAUCGGCACUAUCCUGGUCGAAGGCGACGAUCUGGCCGGCCUCAACCGGCUUCAGGUGACCACAAAGGGCAGGACGGCAGGGCCCGUGGAUUGGCUCAUGAUGUCCUUCCUGUAUGUGUGUUCUUGCCUUCAGGAAGCGCUCGUUGCGCGUGGUUGUCGACGGUCACUCAAGCAGCUGCACGUGGAGUUUGGUGCCGCACGCAUCGACCGCCACACACUCCCCUCGCUGCUGGCCCUGGAUCGGCUCGUCGGCACGUGCUGGCGACUGGACGCCGAACUCAUACUUGAAGUCACCACCACCAGCCGUUUCGACUUCGACCUCUCCAUGUUCUACGACACCGACUUUCCCACCCGCCCCUCACCCUCACUCAAGACCAUGCUCCAGCAGCUGGCACGGCAGGCCCAGUGGGUGAAGUACAUCCUCUCUCAGCAGGACCUCAUCGACAACCUCGGCAGCCCCAGCCAAUCGGCCAUCGACAUCGUAUCCAGCCUCUCAUUCCGUCAGGCCUAUGCGGUGGCAGCUGGCUAUGCCCCUGGCUUCGACCCCCCGGCCAACACCCCCUCGCCCCACCCCGCCAUCAUCACCCACAUGCAGCCGUUGCCGAAAUUCUCAGAGGUGCUCACGUUCCUGUGUGUCCAGAGCAAAUUGCGUGGUGCUGCCGCCCGGCUAUUCGCCACCAAGAUGCCAAGGAAGAUCGAGAGGGUGGUCAUCGGAUACCUGUCGAGUGGUGAGGAGAAGGUGGGCGUGUUAACGGCUUUGGGGAGUGAGAGAGAGGUGGGUACGGUGGAAAUGAGGCAGGUAGACGUCGACCAGCUGGUUGGGGCGGCCGAUGGAUUGCCGACGAUCAGAGAACUGGAAUUCACCCUGACACGUACGCCGAGAGGGAGAUGAGGGCAUUAGUGUCCGUCCUCAUUGCUGCCUUGUGUGUGUUCCCUCCCCUUCAGUGCCCAAUGGUGUGGAGGAUGCCGGCAGCUUCGUCCGCACCCGCCUCUCGUCUGUGAUCUCGCACAUCAGGGGCCUCCGGCGUGUGAGGCUGGAGGUCGCCGCCACGACAGCUGAUCAGCGUGCUUCCGUCGAGACCUCCGUCGCUGUGGGCACCAACAUCGACGGCUUCAUUAUUACACGCAUAUUCAACAACACUUGGCUGACAAUAACUGCAGUUCGCAAUGCCUGAGGUGAGGGAACGGCACUCGUAGGGGCUGAUUGUGUGACCGUGUUCACGUGUGACCUCUGUGUGUGUUGAUGGUGGUCUGUCAGGCCGGCUAUUGUGUGUGGUGGGUCAUUCAUAGCGGAGGGGCAGUGGGGCCUUCUUAGCUGACGACUCUUAUGUGCUGCAUAGCAUAGCUGCGAUGUGUGUGUUCGUAUUGAUGGCGGCUGCCUUGCUUGCAAUUGCUCGGCGCGGCGGACCCAGACAUAUGUCUGAUGCUGCAGCUGAUGUGUUAGCAACGUAUGUGGCUGGACGUUUGAUGUGCGGAUGAGACCGAUCGAUGGACCGCUUGGAUCGAUUUGUACACAUCAACCGUAUCUGAC